AUGACGGUCCUCGUCGAACUCGCUCGUCGCGCUGUGUCGCACCCUCACACGGCGACGUUUGUUAAGCGUGCCUUGCACAAUGGAGCUCCUGUGCGAAAUGGGGAAUCUGCCCAUCUGAAGCCCGAGGAUGUCCCCAUUUGGGGCGUCGUUGUCAUCUACAUUAGCAUCUUCAUCGCGAGUGUGGCUGUCAGCCUAAUCUCCUACAUGCUUAACGAUGUCGUCACCACCCUCUGCAUGGUCGAGUCCCCCAUGGCCGCCAUCACCGUCUCGCCAACGACCUACGAGCCCUCUGACAAGGAAGAUGAGAAGGAGACGCUCCUCGAGACUGGCCCUACCAUCACCCUCGUGAACCAGAAGCCCAUCACCUCGUCCAUUCGCGCUACUCUCCGUCACCUCGUUGCCAACGCCGGUCGCUUCGCACGCUUCCGCGGUUUCCGCGUCCACGUUCUGUACUCGUUCCUCGCCGGAAUCGUAAGCACCUUCUUCACAGGCGCUCUCCCCAUGGUUCCCGGCCAGCCCAUCCUCGUCGCUGGUAUCACUGGUGCCGUUCUCGCCAACGUACACGCAGUCUGGACACACAAGGUAGUCGGCAUGCCGACCGAGCAGAGCCUCUGGCAGCGCAUGCCCUCCAAGAGCCACUGGAAGACUCUUGCUGUCCCCGCCACCAUCGCUUCCGUUAUGCCAUACAUCAGCCUCUACCUCUCUUUCGGCGUAGCCAUGCUCAUGGGUCUUCACAAGCUCGAGCAGGAGAAGAUCGCCUCCUGCGCUGCGUGGACUGGUCUUGCCGUCCGCAUCUUUACCCUCUUCGUCUUCGUCAUCGUCUGCACCCUUUUCCUCUGCCUCCCCGCCAUGGUCACCCUGAUCCGCAUUGAAGCUUCCAUUCUCCCUGAGGACCAGGACACCAUCGUCCCCUUCGACCGCACCUUUGGCGGCAAGGUCGUUAGCAAGAUGAUGGGCGGAACCGGUGUCGUUGGCUUCUUGGAUGCAUGGAGGUCUUUCAACUGGGAGGCUCGCCGCCGUCUCAUCAAGUUGUUCUUCAAGAACUUCUUCAUCAUCGUUGGUAUCUUCAUUGUUAUUGCCCACGUUCUGGCUGCUGAGGCCUUCGUCAUCAUGGGCCCGGCUAUCGGUAAGUUCAUGGUCAUGUUGAGGGAGGAGGACAACUCCAUGCUCAAUGACUUGCUCGGUGCUUAA